AUGGUGCCUCACAAGUAUAUUGUUGUGUUGAAGAAAGGCGUCUCUCCGGAGGCGGUUGCUACAUUCCUGAACGAUGUGUCUGCCGCGCACGCUGCUGCCAUCAGGGACUUGCCUAAGGAGCAUGACUUCUUCAACUUCGUUAACGCCGAGGGUCUGCCAAGGGGCGGUAUCAAGGACCUGUUCAACAUCAACGACUUGUUCCAAGGUCUGAUCGGCUACUUCCCUGAGCCAGUGGUGAAGUUGCUGGAGAAGAGCGAUAUCGUGGAGUUUGUUGAGAGAGACUCCGUGGUGCACGCCUCCAACUUCGACACCCAGAACAACGCCCCUUGGGGUCUGGCACGUAUCUCCCACAGAGAUCGCUUGAACUUGGGUAACUUUAACAAGUACCUGUACGACAACGCCGGCGGUGAAGGUGUUACCGCGUACGUCAUCGAUACCGGUAUCAACGUCAAGCACGUCGAGUUCGAUGGAAGAGCACAAUGGGGUAAGACCAUCCCGCUAAACGACCUAGACAUCGAUGGUAAUGGUCACGGUACCCACUGUGCUGGUACCAUCGCUUCCAAACACUACGGUAUCGCCAAGAAGGCCAACGUCGUUGCCGUGAAGGUAUUGAAAUCAGAUGGCUCCGGUACCAUGUCCGAUGUCAUCAAGGGUGUGGAGUACGCUGCUCAAGCCCACUUGAAAGAAUCUAAGAACAACAAGAAGUUCAAGGGUUCUACUGCUAACAUGUCUCUAGGUGGUGGUAAGUCCCCAGCUCUGGACAUGGCCGUUAAUGCCGCAGUCUCUGCUGGUAUCCACUUUGCUGUCGCUGCCGGUAACGAAAACCAGGAUGCUUGUAACACAUCUCCAGCUUCCGCUGAAAAGGCAAUCACUGUCGGUGCUUCGACAUUGAGCGAUGACAGAGCUUACUUCUCCAACUGGGGUAAAUGUGUCGACAUCUUCGCUCCAGGUUUGAACAUCUUGUCUACUUACAUCGGUGAUACCAACAGAGAAACUGCUUCUUUGUCUGGUACUUCCAUGGCAUCUCCACAUGUUGCUGGUUUGCUAACUUACUUCCUGUCUUUGCAACCUGAUUCCGACUCAGAAUUCUACGACGCCUCAAAGCACGGAGUUACCCCAGCACAACUUAAGAAGAAGUUGAUCGCCUACAGUACAAAGAAUGUUUUGACAGACUUGCCAGACCCAGAUUCACCAAACCUAUUGAUCUACAACGGUGCAGGCGGUGAUCUAGGUGUUUUUUGGAACAGCACAUCUGCUGACGAACAGUCUGCUGAACAUCCAGAGCAGAGAAUUGCUGCAGAACUAGGGCUGGAUUCCCUAGCCAAGAUGGUCGGUGACCGUCAUGCUGCUACAGACUCUCUAUUCGGACAAGUCAGAAACCUCUUGGACAAGAUGAACAUCAUCUAA